AUGUAUAUAGCAGUAAAACGUCAGUAUGGUCUGAGCCCCAGGUGUGGAAUGCCGUACAAACUACUGUCUGAAGACGUCUUCAACAUCACAGCCAACAACUGCAACUUCAAUAUAGCUGCCAGAGGAAUCCUGCCAAAACUGCAUCAGGAGCACGUCUGCUCAAACUAUACAGUGGCCCCCAUCCCAGAGUGUGAGGAGCUGAUUGUGAAGUUCUCCCCCACAGGUGAUCACCACUACAAGACUGUGCCCCGGACAGUCAAGAAAUGUGCUGCACUCAAGAAAACUCCAGAGUUGAUUCUGAAGACAUCUAGGAAAGAGUCAGCUCUACGAGGGGUAGGAAGCAAGGGUCUAGAGCAGGCUCCCGGGCCGCCCCCGCCCAGCGCUGGCCGCUCCAUUAAGGACGAGGACCGAAUCCUGUCACCUCGCGACCCACGCGCACACACCCGCCCCGGCCCGCCGUGCUCGUUGCCGCGGACCUGCAAAGUUUCCGCGGCCGCUCACUUGGGGGUAACUAGCCAGGGGUACGCCCGGAGGCUGCGGGGCCCUGCGCGCCUCGGCAGCGCGGGCGAAGCCCCGGACUCCAGCCGGGAAUGGGCAUUCCUCCGGAGCUUGGGGCUGGACGACACGCAGCACGAGGUAGUGUUCCCCAUCUUCGGCGGCCCCCCGACUCCUGCUGCGGUCCUGUUCUCCCCGACCCGGGCGCCGGGCGCGGGCAGACGCGGGGCGCGGGCGGCGGGGGCGUGUGGGGAAGCCCGCCCGCUCGCCGCCAAGGGAGGGGGCGGAAGCCGCGGCCGGCCGCCGGGUCAGCAGCGGCGGCGGCGGCGGGGCCUCGCCAUGGGCGGCGGCGGCGACGAGCGGGCGACGGCCCCGGCUCCCCCUCGGCCGGCCUAUCCGCGACGGAGGAGCGCUCGGGUCCGCGCGACUGCGGCCGCCGCGCCUACCUCACCCCGCCGCGGCCAUGGCGGGCGGCGCCGCGCAGGCCGCCUCCCCCCGUGCUUCCCAGUCGGUGUCCGCUUCCCCGGCGGCGGCGGCCGCCUCGGCAAGAGGUUCCGGUUCAAGCUGGGGGCACGCGUGUCAGCGCCGGACUGCGGGACUAGCCGGCUAGCUAGCGGGCAGCGGGCGUGGGCGAGGCCCCUGGGCCCCGCGCGGCGCGGUGCGGCCAGGGAGGAUGCUGACGGCCCUACCCCGCCAGCGGCGCCCGCCCUCGCCGCAGCCCCCGCCCCGCCCCGCCCCGUCGCCGCCCCUUCCCUCUGCCCUGGAAGCAGAUCGGCGGCCGCGGGGAGGGCCGGGGCGGCGCGGCCCCGCGCGGAUGUGGGAUUGCUCCCGGGGGCCGCGCCUCUCUCCGGCGCUAGGGUCCCGGGAGACGUCGUCGGGAGCUCAGUUUCUGGAGGCCCUUCCCCACCCGGCCUCUGCCUCUUCCAGUCCCCCGGGCCGGACGGAAAGGGGCCUAGCGCGGUGUGCGAGAAUGCCUUCGGGUUUUGUCGUGAUGGGGACAAGUUCACUUAGGCCAGUUGACUAAGAUCAAGACAGAGUUCCUCCUCUCCAUUUUGGAAGCAGAGAGUAGCCCUCACCAGACCCCAAUUCUGCCAGCACCUUGAUCUUGGACUUCCCAGCCUCCAGAACUGUGAGCAGUAAAUCUUCAUUGUUUCAAACCUUCGUGAAGUUUCCCUUGGCCCCUAUAGUGUUGGCAUCACAGACAGGAUAUUAAAGCUGCUCUACUUUUCUGGAAGCCACAGUCGAGGGAACCCAGGACCUGUCAAAGCAUCAGAAGGCACCUGGAUCCAUGGGCUUGGCAGCCACAGUGAUCAUGGACUUCCGGCUAAGUCCUAGAGUCAUUUAUCUCUGAGGAUGUCAGGAGAAACCCCAAAAUGUCAUCAAGACACUGGCUGCAGGUCUAAACUCCAAUAAAAUCCAGGUGGGUCACAUCAAUUCAGACAUCUGGAUAAAAGGAUGAAUGAAACCAUGUACAUAAUACAGAACUAUGCAUGCCAGGAAAAGAAAUUAUACUGCCUAAAAGCUGCAACCUUCAUGACAUCAAAUCUAUUUUAACACUGGCUGGUUAUGUGAGGAAAAGGCUAAUAAAAAAAAAAAUUCUGGCUGACCAAA